CACACCCCCAAGCGUAUUUAGAACUCUCCAGUCCUUCAUCGUAGAAGAAGAAUUCAAGAUGGCGGAACGUGGCUACAGUUUCUCUCUCACCACAUUUAGCCCCUCUGGUAAAUUGGUCCAGAUUGAAUAUGCGCUGGCAGCUGUAGCAGCCGGAGCUCCUUCAGUUGGCAUCAAAGCUUCUAAUGGCGUUGUCCUGGCGACAGAGAAGAAGCAAAAGUCCAUACUGUAUGACGAACAGAGUGUCCACAAAGUGGAGCCCAUCACUAAACACAUAGGCAUGGUCUACAGUGGCAUGGGGCCUGACUACAGGGUUUUAGUGCGACGAGCCCGGAAGCUGGCGCAGCAGUACUUCCUGGUGUAUCAGGAGCCAAUUCCCACAGGCCAACUUGUGCAGAGAGUGGCCUCAGUCAUGCAGGAGUACACACAAUCUGGUGGUGUGCGUCCAUUUGGCGUGUCGCUGCUGAUAGCUGGAUGGGAUGAGGACCACCCCUACUUGUUCCAGUCUGACCCUUCUGGUGCAUAUUUUGCAUGGAAAGCCACAGCCAUGGGAAAGAACUACGUUAAUGGAAAAACAUUCCUUGAGAAAAGGUAUAACAAUGACCUAGAGUUAGAAGAUGCCAUCCACACAGCAAUCUUGACAUUGAAGGAGAGUUUUGAGGGUCAGAUGACAGAGGAGAACAUCGAGGUGGGGAUCUGCAAUGAGGCCGGCUUUAAAAGACUCACCCCAGCGGAGGUGAAAGACUACCUGGCAGCCAUUGCAUAAACACAUCCUGAUGGCAGAGUCUUGUGGCCACAUUUCAAGAGAAAGAUUUCACGGCACAGUAGACAAUAGUCUAAUGACAGAUAUUUUUUAAAACCUUGGUUAUUAAAACAUUAUGGACUCGUGUUUAUGAUUAUCCUAUUCAACUCCAUGAACAUCGAGUCUACCUACCGUGAUGGAAUUCUACUCAGGCUUAUAAUCUGCCUGCUGACUAUGACUAGCUUGCUGUAAAGAUCUGUUCACUUAAGACAAUUAUUUGUAAAGUGAUACAUUGACUAAACUAUAAUUGAUGGUAGAUGGUAGAUUUGGGUUAUAAAAACUAAUUGGCCUUGUUGUUUAACACGUACCUUGGUUAUCUGAAAUAUGGCGGUUGAUUACUGUGCAUAUGAAAAGGAAUGUGGGCUCUGAUGAAUGAAAUCUCAAGUUUUCCAUAGAAUCCUCAUUUUCUUUCUUUCCUCAAAGGCAGUGCAUUGAUUUUUAGAAAUCAAGUCAAGUGAAAGUUCUGCUCAUUCCCAAAAUGUGGCAUGGCUUCUGUUUAUUAAAAAAGGUAAAUGUUUGAAUGGUAAAGCUUCCUCUUACUAUUAGCAAUGGUUAAGUCUUAGUCUCACAUUUUCAGAAGUCAGUUAUUUUCACAACUCCUUAAACAGGAUAGUUUAUCAUCAGAAGAGAGAGAGUGAAGAGGAUCUAAUGGGAAGUUUUGAGGUUUUUGAGUCAGUAUAUGGCUGCCUGUUCUGGAUUUUUACAUGAUGUUUUUUUUCAGGGUAAAACGAUUCUUAAAUUUGUAUUUUCUCUUCUAGUAUCUGUCACAUAUUCAAAUAAAAAAGAUGACUUGG